AGUUUGAUCGCAAUGUUGUUGUUCAGGUGGCUGUUAUUGCCUGUGGCUUUGGUUUGCGAAUUAACACUUAAAUCGAUGAUUUUGUAACUCUUUAUACGAACCAAAUAACACGUGAACUCCAGGGAACCUUUGGGAAGUAUUCUUUUUAGGAAGACUGUAUUUGUUUUUGUUUAUUUAAACUCCAGUCUGAAACAUGUUUAACAACACUGUGAAGAACUUCAAAAUCAAUUUCAGCGCUUUAGAUCAGAGGAAUACUAUCUCCAGUGGCGAUGUGAUUACAGGUAACAUUUCAUUUGACCUCACAAAGGAAACGAAGAUCAAUUGUAUAACGAUGACACUGACGGGAAUGGCACAUGUCCACUGGUCCACUCGAAACGGAAAAACCCGCAGAAACUAUUCCGCAAAACUGAACUUCUUUGAACUGAAAAGCGUCAUCGUGCAGGAAAACAGUGUUACCGGUGGGGCCGUAACUUUCAAACCUGGCUCGCAUGUCUACCAGUUUACGUGCCACUUCCCGCAAGGGAACUUUCCAUCCAGCUUCCAUGGGAUUAAUGGAAAAAUAACGUACAACUUGACAGUGGGCAUCCACAGACCCUGGCGUUUGUCGAAGGACUUUGUGACAGAGUUGAAUUUUGUACACCGGAUUAAUACCAACCAGCCAGAGCUGCAUGCUCCUCUCUUAGGCUCCAACAGCAUGACCGUGUGCUUCCUUUGCUGUGCCUCUGGUCCAAUCACGAUGACAGCCAGUACAGAGAAGCAAGGGUUCAUGCCUGGUGAAACUGUGAACAUAACUUGCAAGUUUAGUAAUGCUUCAUCUCGAACAGUCACUCCAAAGGUGUCACUGCAACAGAAACAGGUUUUCUACACCCUCAACAAGAAAAGCAAGAGGAUGCGGAUAAAGAAAUUGAUGUCCGUGACUGGACAGGUCAUCAGUGAACACACCUCUGACGUUCACACUGUGAUCAUGCUCGCUAUUCCAUCGUCUGCAUCCGUCACCAUCUCUAACUGCAGCAUCAUUGAUGUUGAAUACUUUAUUGAGGUGAGCCUCAGCGUGAGAGGUUCCACCGACCUCACAGUACUGUUUCCCAUUAUUCUGUGUGACACCCCUAUUGACGCUCAACCACCACCUUAUUAUUACAUCAUGUCGAACACGGUGACGAGAUUCACGGUGACCUAUAGACCCGCCGCUAAUGAGCAAAACAUAUUUACCAGUAGCGACUGGGUUUCUGGUGAGAUCACGCUGGAAGUUGCCAAACAGUGCAAAAUAGAUUCCCUUUUAAUUCAGUUCAAGGGGAAAGCAAGGGUCUUGUGGACCGAGAGCACCGGUCAAAUUUCUGUAACUUAUCACUCAAAGGACAAGUACGUCAGCAUCAAACACUACUUCGUGUGGGACAAAGAUAGCGGAGAUGACAACGAAACCCUAUUGACAGACCAGUUUGGAAAUCCAUACAGCAAAGUUGUUGCCCCAGGAUGCCACGUUUACCCAUUCACCUUUCAGAUCCCUCCCCAGGAUAUGCCCUCUUCCUUCGAUGGGGACCAUGGCAAAAUUGUGUACUCGUUAACAGCCAAACUGAGCAGAUCAAUGAGGCUUCCAGCGGAAGAUUCUUCCCAAAUCAACUAUGUUACGAAGGCAGACCUGACCAGGGACCCUGGGUUGAUGGAACCUCAGCACGAGUAUAAGGAUAAGAAAAUGAAGUUUUUCAACUCAGGAACAGUAGCCAUGGAUGUGAAUCUUGAAAAGACAGGUUUCCUUCAAGGAGAAGGACUAAAGGUUAUGGCCUGCAUUCAGAACAACUCAUCUCGGGAGAUCAAGCCCAAGUACUGUGUGUACAGAAAGCAUAGCUUCUUUGCACAAGGAAAGAGAAGAGUUUCAACUAAAGACCUGUUUAAAGAGGUGGGAGAGCCCAUCCCUCCGUCUUCAAAACAAAAUGUCACCAGAGUCCUCACCAUCCCCCUUGAUGUGGAGCCGUCCAUCCUCAACUGCAGCAUCCUGAAAGCAGAGCACAGACUCAGGGUCUACCUUGAUGUCAAAUAUGCUUCGGAUCCAGAGAUCAAAUUCCCCAUAGUCAUCUUGAUUGCCCCUAAGGUUCCUGGUGUGGAGGCGCCCCCACUUGCUGCUUCUGGUUUUGGAUUUGAAGCAUUUGGAAACUCACCAGCCUGGGGAAUUGUCCCUCCAGCAGCAGCAGCAGCAGCAGCAGCAGCAGCCCAACCCUCAGAUCCCCCUCCUGCCUAUGGAACAUGGUUAAUAUAAUUGGUUAGACUGUGAAGAUAUGUGGACAUUCAAAAGGAGGUACAAAUAAAUGAGAGUUAAAUAAACUUUCAUUAAUUUGUAAACCCUUUUUAACAUUUUUUUACGACCUACAUUUACAUUUAAGCUGUACAAUAUUUACUGCUUGUUGCAUCAAUAAAAAUGACAAUACUUUGUGUAAUGAUAAUACUUUGGAAUGCUUGUGAAGAAGAAUACUUUAUUAAUCCCCAAUGGGGAAAUUACUUUGUGUAUAUUUGUUCAAACUGGACAAAAACAGUUAACCAUUGGUGAUCAGUUGUAAAAUGAGUGUUGAAAAUUCCUUUGCUAGAGUCUUUAAAGUGUCAGGGAGAUUUAAAAACAUUAGUUUUGUCAUCAUAAAACAACAUGGAAUACUUUUUUAGACUUUACUGCCAUUUCAGAAUUAUAUACUGUAUGUUUUGAUUAUAAUUAUAAUUAUUGAUGCAUUAAUGUUUUAUGCUGGUAAAGCUGCAGCCAGUUUACAUUACUUUGUAUGCUGCAGGGUAGCUUGUGGAUUUAUUCCAGGUGUGACUAAAGUCAUUUUUAAGUGUUGGUUAUGUUUCACAUCCUUAAUCAAAAUCUGUACAGUAAUUAAAGGUACAAAAUAAAUGUAGUGAGGUAAAAGUACACCAUUUACCUCUGAAUUGUUGUGGAGUAGAAGUACAAAGUAGCAUCAAAUGGAAAUACUAAAGUAAAGUACAAGUAUCUCAAAAGUGUACUUAAGAAGAGGACUUGAGUUAAUGCUCUUCGUGACUUUUCA